AUUUGUUUGUUACUUCGCUGCUGAUGUAAUUCAUUCACGAAACGAGAUAACACCUCUAUUGGAGAAAAAGUCGCAAAAUUUAACGGUUUUUGUCACCAGUUCACAUAUUUAAAGAUGCCACGAGGAGGAAGAAGUCGUGGAAGGUCCGUUUCACCAGUUCGGUCUUCGCCACCCAGAACGAUGGCCCCAGCCCCUGUUCCACAGAGAGCACCCAUGCAAUCCCAGCAGCCAGCCUCGGCCAUGGGCCAACCACGUCAGCCCGGUCUCCUGGGUCAGAUGGCAGCGACUGCUGGUGGUGUAGCCAUUGGAUCAGCAGUGGGGCAUGCCGUUGGACAUGCCAUGACUGGUGGUGGAAGUAGCCAUCCAGAUGUCACCUACCAAGAACAGCCACAACAGCAACAGCAGCAGCAACAGAACCCUUGCCAGUAUGAGCUACAGAGAUUCAUGCAGUGUGCCGAUACCCAGAGUGACCUCAGUUUGUGCGAUGCGUUCAACAUGGUUCUCAAAGAUUGCAAGAGAGCGAACGGUUUGGCGUAACAGUGGUGAGCGUGAUUUGCCUUAUACUUUCUCAGAUGUCGGCCUCUGUCCACUGCAGCUAUUACAUGCAACAUCAUAUGAUAUGACGUAUUCUUUUAACUGUAUAAGUUAUUAUUGGUGGAACCAAAUUGAACUCUGAAAUUAACUGUUUUAAAUCCGCCAAGCCAUCGGAAUAAAGUUUGUAAGUUUCACCAAAGGAAUGUUAUCAGUAUUUAUUAGAUGCUCGUCAUUGUCAGAAUUAUGAAAGUAAAAAUGUUACCAUGAAUUCAGUUAAUCCUUUGUUCUGCUUUUUCUACCUCUAGCUGCUUGCAUUCACACUAAUUAAGAAAGUUAUGUCCACCCUAACAGCAUGCCAUUGUGAAUAAGCGAGAAAGUCACAAAAAAUUUAAAUCAGUAUGACACUGAUAUGCCGUCAAUAUCGAGUGAAAAUAAGAAAAAUAAUAACGUGUUAAAGUUUUAUUUUAUCUCACACAACAGUUACCCCCGGUAUGUGCACUAGUGACUAUUGAUAGGAGCAAAGAUAUGCACACACUCUCUAUAUUUGUGUUUUCUAUAACGAAAUCAGAAAAAACAGACAAAUUUGUAAAUUGAGAAUUCAUUGAAACAUAAGUUUUUUUAUUUUAAUACUUUUUAUUCAAAUCUCGUUGAGCUGAACAUGCCUAAAUGUUAAAAUUUGAUUCUGUAAUAGCCAAAGUUUGCCUGAUUGGGAUGUUGUUGCAACUUGCAAAUGAAAUUCUCAAACUAUCAUUAUUUCAUGUUUUUAGGUUUUAGGGAAUCAUUUAAGAGUAAAUGUAUUGAUUUUCUUGCUGCAGGUAUUCCUCAAUGAUAUGUAAUAUAUCUUUACCAGGAAAUAUACAUUAAAUAAUGUAACGAGCUUUGGUUCUCUUCAAAUGGUGAUCGACAAUCAUUUAUAAAGAACGCUCAUCUUCUACCGGUAUAUGUAAUAGAAUAUUAUGUAUGUGCAGCAGGACUGAUAAACAUGUUAUGGGAAUGGUCAGAAGUUGCAUGUAUUGUUGCAGUUUUGUGAGCUGAAUAUGACUAUUUGUUAUUGGAUUGUUGCAGCAAUAUUAUGUGUGUUGAUUUGAUUUUUAUCCUGCGUAUGUGACAUUUCAAACCUGAAAAUGUAUCAAAGUAUUUUAUUAUUGUACAUUGAUGAAAAAGAAAAUGUGAAAGUGAAAUAU